AUGGGAUUGAUCAUCUCAAAAAUCAAAAAAGAGACCGGAUCGCCGGCCGCCGGUAUCCAGUUGGAACUCUGCCAGGCGGCGCGCGCGGGCGACUGCGCCACGCUCGCCCGCCUGAUUCAAGCCGGCGCCGACGUGAACGCGUAUGACCCAUGGGACGCCUUCCCGCUCUACCACGCCUGCGUCACCGGCCAGCGCGAGGCCGCGCGGAUGCUGCUCGACGCUGGCGCCGACUACUCCGAGAGCACCUCCGAGGGCAAGCGCUGCUACCUCUCGGCGCUCAACCUGGGCAUACGGAGACUCCUCCGGGAGUACGAGGCGGACCCGCGCGCGGGGCUUCCCGCCACCCUCCUGCCGGUGUUCCUCGCCUGCAACCCAGCCGGCGACGAUUCCGCGCCGCCAACGGAUGCUGCCGGCGCCGAGCUGUCGCCGGACAUCACGUUGUACGUGGAAGGAAGAGCCAUCCAGGCCCACCGGGUCAUCCUCGCCGCCCGGUCCCCGUACUUCCGUAGGGAACUCGCGACGUCGUGGCGAAACCGCAAGGCGUUGAGGGUGACCUUCGACAGCUAUAGCCCGUCCUUCGAGGCCACGUACGGCCUCGUCCGCUACUUCUACUCCGACAGGCUCGAGGUGGCCAUGGAACACAUCGAAGAUCUGGCGCGAGUCUGCGAAACCUGCGAGUGCGACGAACUCCUAGAGACGAUCGACAGGUUAUUUCCUCGCAAGCGUCGAGGGGAAGGAGCGAGGCACCUGGACCGGGGAUGUCCACAGAAACGUUUCGUUUUGCAACGCCGGUUCGCACCGGACCGCCUCUCGUCGGCGCUCCGGCGGAUCUUGCACGACUGUCUAGCUAACUCCAGAAAAGAAGAUCGCCGCAACAAGAGUCCUCUCAAGACCCGCGGUAUAAGCUCCGAGUACGACGAUACUGCUGAUGUACGCAUAAAAGUAGGCGACAGGGUCUUCCGUUGCCACCAGAUGAUUCUCGCCCUGAGGUCAGAAUACUUCAGAACCAGGCUGUCUCGACGAACCGAUUUUCGUCAGCACCAUUAUGAUGUUCUUGAGGAGCAUGACGUGAAUGCAGAAGCGUUUGAGAAGAUGCUCGAGUACAUCUAUACGGAUGAGCUACAGGAUCUAGGCGAUGAUCCUCUUACUCAGGCGGAAGACCUUUUCAACGUCGCGUCGAGGUACCUGCUAUUUCAGCUUAAGCCAGUUGUGGCCAAGUUGCUGCUGCCACACCUAGUUCUGAACCGCGUCUCACCGGCGCAGCUAUGCCGCUGGCUGACGCUGUCAGACAUGUACGACGUUGUCGAGGUGAGGGAGCACUGCCUGGACAUCAUGGCCUGCAACUUCGAGACAUUUGCAGAGGCGAGGGAGUUCCGACCAUUGCUUCUGGCGUCGCGAAAAAGCGCUCCAGCUGACAAUCUUGUUAAUAAUUUGCAAAGGAGAUGGCUGAGAAUUGCGGCUGCUGGGCUAUCGGAGAGAUGA